AUGGCUCUAAACCACGCCUCCCACAAUCCGACCGGAGAGAAGACCGGACCGGCCACUGGACCUCCGCCUGCACCCUCCACCGAGACCAAGUCGGCGAUCCUAGAAUCAGCCAACGCCGACGGGACCGGCCACAGCAAUAAGAUCCUGAAGCCGCUCGACGAUGACUACCACAAGGCAUACAUCCCCUCCGUGGUAGAGAGUGCUUGGUACGAUUGGUGGGAGAAGGAAGGUCUCCACAAGCCCGAGUUCAAGGCCAACGGAGAUGCCAAGGAUGCGGGCGUGUUCGUGAUCCCAAUCCCGCCGCCCAACGUCACUGGAGCACUCCACAUCGGACACGCCCUGGCGACAUCACUUCAAGAUGCUAUGAUCCGGUGGGAACGCAUGAAGGGCAAGACUGUGCUUUACCUCCCAGGCUGCGACCACGCCGGUAUCUCGACACAAAGCGUAGUGGAGAACAUGCUGUACAACCGCAGGAAUGGCACCACCAGGCACGAUCUUGGCCGUGAGAAAUUCGUGGAGACCGUGUGGGAGUGGAAAGAAGAUUACCACAUGCGAAUCAACAAAGUCAUGAGGCGUCUGGGUGGAUCCAUGGAUUGGACGAGAGAAGCUUUCACCAUGGACGAGAAUCUUUCCGCUGCCGUGCGGAAGACCUUCAUAGACCUGCAUGACGAGGGACUGAUUUAUCGGGGCAACAGACUGGUCAACUGGUGUUGUAGGCUAAGCACAGCCCUUUCAACUCAGGAGGUAGACGACAAAGAGCUGGAGGGCUCUACCAAGAUUGAUGUUCCUGGCUACGACAAGAAGAUCGAGUUCGGCUCCAUCUGGAAUUUCAAAUACCAGGUUGACGGCAGUGAUGAAACGAUCGAAGUUGCCACCACACGUCCCGAGACCAUGCUUGGAGACACCGGUGUCGCUGUGCACCCUGAAGACAAGCGGUAUCAACACCUGCUCGGCAAAUUCGUCAAGCAUCCUUUUGUCGACAGAAAACUACCCAUCUUUGGCGACGCGACUGUCGAGAUGGACUUUGGUACCGGUGCCGUCAAGAUCACUCCCGCUCACGACCCCAACGAUUACAAGCGGGGCAAGGAUUUCAACUUGGAGUUCAUCAACAUUCUCAACGAUGAUGGUACAUUCAACGAGAACGCCGGUCCUUUCGCAGGCCAGAAGCGAUACGACGUACGAUACACUGUCAUCGAAGAGUUGACUAAACUGGGCCUGUACGUUGGCAAGGCAAGCAACAAGAUGAUAAUCCCGCUUUGCAGCAAGUCCAAGGAUGUCAUUGAACCCGUGCUGAAGCCCCAGUGGUGGAUGAGCAUGAAACCUCUCAUCCCACCUGCGAGGGAUGCGGUUGAGAAUGGCGAGAUUCUCAUCAAGCCUCAGAGUGCACGGGACGAGUAUUUCCGCUGGCUAGAUCGCAUGGACGACUGGUGUCUAUCGCGUCAAUUGUGGUGGGGCCAUCAGAUUCCUGCUUAUUACGUGAAACUACAAGACGGCCCUGUGUACGACUCGGAUGCCAAUUACUGGGUCUGUGCUGAGACGGAGGAAGCUGCUCGUCAGAAAGCCGAGGAGAAGUUCCCUGGGAAGUCUUUCACACUUGAGCGAGAUCCUGACUGUCUCGACACCUGGUUUUCGUCCGGUCUUUGGCCAUUCUCUACCCUGGGCUGGCCCAACAAGACACAUGACUUUGAAAAGCUUUAUCCGACAUCGAUGCUCGAGACCGGUUGGGAUAUUUUGUUUUUCUGGGUCAUUCGGAUGAUUAUCCUUGGACAAAAGAUGACGGGUAAGAUACCCUUUGACGAGGUCUAUUGCCACUCUUUAGUGCGCGACUCGGAAGGACGGAAAAUGUCCAAGUCGCUAGGAAAUGUCAUCGAUCCGAUCGAUGUUAUGGACGGCAUCACCCUGCAGGCCCUCACAGACAAGCUCAAGCUUGGAAACUUGCCACCGUCAGAAAUUGAAAAGGCCGCCAAGUGGCAGAGGUCUGCUUUCCCAGACGGCAUCGACGAGUGCGGUACUGAUGCGCUACGCUUCUCGCUCAUCAACUACACUACGGGUGGUGGUGAUAUCAAUUUCGACGUCAAAGUCAUGCGAAGCUGGCGAAACUUCUGUAACAAGAUCUACCAAGCCACCAAGUACGUCCUCGGCAAUCUCCCCGAGGAUUUCACGCCCCAAGCAAAGGGCGGCAAGACCGGGAAGGAGAGUCUUCCUGAGCGAUGGAUCCUCCACAAGAUGACCACUACAGCACGCACUAUGAACGAAGCUCUUGCGAAGCGCGAAUUCAGCCGCGCUACGCAGGCCGUCCACAACUACUGGCAGUAUGAGCUAUGUGACAUCUACAUUGAGAACAGCAAGUCCAUCAUCCGUGAGGGUACCCCGGAGGAGAAACAAUCUGCCAUUGACACCCUCUACACUGCGCUCGAGGCUGCCCUCACGAUGAUCCACCCAUUCAUGCCUUUCCUUACUGAGGAGCUUUGGCAACGCCUGCCCCGCCGGCCCAGCGAUACCACCAAAUCCGUUGUCGUUGCCUCAUACCCGCAGUACGACUCCGCUCUCGACGACCCGACCUCGGAACGCGCCUACGAGCUCCUCAACGGCUGCGCCAAGGCCAUCCGCUCUCUGUUCGCAGAAUACGGCAUCAAAGAGAACGGUAAGGCCUUCGUGCAACCUCUCAACGCCGAAGCGCAGGCGACCGCCACUGCGGAAUCCGCAGCCAUCAAAUCCCUCGCAGGCAAAGCCAUCGCCGAACUCUCCCUCCUCGGCCCCGAGGACUCCAUCCCGCCCGCAUGCGCCGUCUACCCGGUCUCCGUCGCCGUUGCGGUGUUCGUGCAGCUCCCCAAGGAGAAUGUCGAUGCGGACGCGGAGAUCAAGCGCACAAAGGCCAAACUGGCGAAAGCAGUGGACGCGGUGCGCGCCCAGGAGAAGGAGAUCACCAGCCUCGGCGCAGAUGUGGCUGGGGAGGUCCGGGAGAAGAGCGAGGCGAGGUUGCGCGACGUGAGGAACGAGCAGAGGAUGUUUGAAGAGAGCAUCGCGAGGUUCGAGACGUUGAAACUUUAG